GUGUCUACAGGCUUUAAAAGCCAGGCGGGUCCCGGGCUGCCGGGCGGGGCGGGGCGGGGCAACCUGGGGGUCCUUGUGGGACAUUUGCCCGGCUCUUGGAGGGCGUGGGAGCCCCGGGGUGCGAUGCAAGGCAGCGGGCAGCGAACGAGUGUGGGAGGGCGGCUGGCGGUGUGGGAGUGUGCCGAUCUGGUGCUGCUGGACCGUCGCUUGGAGGCGGCGGCGGCGGCCCGGCACUACGCUGGAGCCCCAGCCACUGCUGCCGCGGGUCGGGUCGCCUACGCCGCCCCCAGUGGCCGCAACUGCGGCCACGGGGCCAAGGGGCCUGGCCUUCCCCGGGGCUAACUCUUGCCUUUCCUAAAAAUGCCGCUUCUCCUCGCUGGCCUUCCAUGAAAAAAAUAAUCGAGGGAAAUCAGAUGUAUUUUGCGGUUGGCAGCCGAGCGGCUGCGGUCGGCGCAAGCGUACGCGGCGGCGGGUGCCAAGCGAGUGGCACUGACUUAGUUCGCCCGCGCCCGGGGCCUGGCCAGGUGCUCCGCUACGCCCUCGCGCUCGACUGUGGCGGCCGCGCUGCCGAGGCCCGCGCCCUCCCGCCGUGUGAGCGAGGAGCAGCAGCCCACAGGCCUGAGGGUGAUGCCGCCACGCCGCCCGCCGCCGCCAGGGCUGUAGCCAGGACAGGAGCGGCGCCCCCGGGCCAGGCAGGCGACGGUCCUGACGGCGCUGCUGCAGGACGCCGCCGCGGCCCCGUCUCACCCCCCCUCCCCCCAGCCCUGCCCCGCCCCGCCCCGCCCCGCCAGGAAUGUUCCGCACGUGAGGCCCCGCGGCCCAGCCAGCCCAGCACAUCAAGGCGGCGGCGCCCGGGCCGCCCCCGCCGCCGGCCCUUCCCGCCGCCCCGCAGCCCCUCGGCCGCAAUGAGCUAAGCCGCCCCGGGCUGGGCCUCACGCAGCCGGGGCACGGCACGGCUGGGGCGGCGCCGCCCAGUAUUGACCCCGCGGCGCCGCGCCUCCUCCAGGGGCAGGGGCCGGGCGUCCCCAUGAAUUAACGGCGCAGCGGAGUGCUGUAAGCGGCGGCAGGAGGCGGGUGGGCGGGCCGGUGGCCGGCGCCGCGCCGCCACGCUGCGCCCCGCCGCGGGACAGCCCGGCAAGCCAAUGUCCUCGGGCACGGCUAUGGCCCGGCUGCAGCGAGGAGCCGCGGGAACUGACGAAGGCAACGACGAAGCGGCCAAGGCAAAAAAGGACAAAGACAAGAGUGAGAACAGUAGCGUCCGAACCCUUAACAGCGGGACGACCGGAGGAGGAGGAGGAGGAAGCCUAGGAGGAGGAGAGGAAGAAGGCGCAGGAGGAGAAGGAGGAGGAGUGGGAGGAGGAGGGAGCCCAACCACAACCACCACCACCACGACCGCCACCGCGAUCAAAGCCAACACCGUCGGGAGCGUGGCCCCCCGCGCCCCCCCGGCCACCACCAACACCACGGUGGGGGGCGGGGGCUCGUCGCACGGGGGAGGCGCCACCAACACCACCCCCAGCAGCGCCGCCGCCACCACCGCCGCCACCACGGGGAACAACAACAACCAGGCGCCGCCCCGGGGGAAGAGGUGUUGCUUCCUGUGGUGCUGCUGCUGCCGAUGCUCCUGUUUAAACGCGAAAACAGCGGACGAUCUUCGGUUUCGAAAGCAGGAUUUGUACAACGGAGACAACGAACCUCAGCCGACGAUAGAGGAGAUUCGGGCGUGGAGUGAAUCCUUCGAAAAACUUAUGACCUGUUCAAGCGGGCGCAAGGCGUUUCGGGACUUCCUCAAGCUGGAGUUCUCUGAGGAAAACAUUCUCUUUUGGCUGGCGUGCGAGGACCUCAAGGUGGAGAACAGCCCCGCCAUCAUUGAGGAGAAGGCGAGGAUUAUCUACGAGGACUACAUCUCCAUCCUCUCGCCCAAGGAGGUCUCGCUGGAUUCAAGAGUUCGCGAGAUCAUCAACCGGAACAUGGUGGACCCGACCCCUCACACCUUCGACGAGGCUCAGACGCAGAUCUACACACUCAUGCACCGCGACUCCUACCCGCGCUUCAUCAACUCCGCCAUCUACAAGCGGCUCGCCCAACUCAACAACAACGGGAGCAGCGGCAGCAGUCGUAAGGAGAGCGCGACAUAGGCACCCUCUCAGGCUCUCCGUGUCCCUGUUACUUAAGCCACGUGUGUUGUGCUGUGCUAACUCGUCAAGGAAUCGGUGGUGGAUAAGGUGGGACUAGAUGACCUCACGAGCUAUGCGAUGUGCGCCGUGUGACACUUCAUACAUUGGUGGCAGCGGUGGGAUUGGCGAGGGGAGUGCAAUUCGUGCUCUUCGUCAGUGGUGUGCUCUGUUAACUCCCUUAUACGGCGGUGGAUGGUGUAAGAGGAGGGAAGUCAUGCGUCCUCUCUAUGGAAGGUGGUCGGCGGCGCUCCCAUCCCCGCUAUAAAUGGUGGCAGCGGUGGGAUACGCGGGGAGUGCGCCGUGGCCUACGCUCUCUCCGUGCGGACCGUGUGCUCUCUUAACUCUUUGAUGCAAUGGUGUGGGAGGAUGGAUCCGUGCAAAGAGUGGACCGGCUGCUCUCUCCACGGGCAUGAGCUUCGUGUGAGUCUCCAGGCAGUGGUGGUGGCGGCGGCGGGAGUGACUUGAAGGGAGAGGGAAGGGCAUUCUCUCUCCCUCUCUCUCUCUUUCCCUACUGACAUGUGCUGUGCUGUCUUGCAAAAACUCAUAUGCAGUGCUCGGUUUGAAAUGCGUCUGUCUCUGUUUCCUUCUCUCCCUUCUCCUCCUCCUCCUCCUCACUCGGUUUGUUGUUUCUCUCUCUCUUUCUCUCGCCCUUCGUCGAAUCUAGGGACCACUUAGCGAUGAUGGUGACGAUGAGGUGGUGAAAGAUGGUGAGGAUGAUAGUCAAUAAGGUGAUGAAAGUGAUGCGAGGGGGAAUGUGGUCACAAGUCAAGUCAAAUAUUUAUACAUAUAUCUAUUAUUAUAUACAUACUGCUGUUCUGUAUUCAAGGUGAGAGAGAGAAAGAAAAAGAAAGAGAAUGAGGUACCUUUCUUCUCUUCCAGUCUCAUUUUCCAUCCCUUACUUCUCCUCCUCCUACCGUUUCCCCUCCUCUUCCUCCUCCUCCUCCUCCUCCUCCUCCUUCUCCCUCUCCAUCUCCUGCUGCUGCUGCUACUGAUACAAAGAGAGACACAGACUGGUAGACAAACUCCGUGAACCGGCGUGACAAAGAAAGGCAGAAAAAGCUCAAAGUGACGCGGAGUGAAAACAGACAUGCGAGGUGAUGGUGUUGCUAAGUUAACUGUACCAAAAAAAACAUAAGAAAACAAAACAAAGGGAAUAAACUAUGUAGUGUAGGCGUCGACGUGUCUGUCUUUCUCGUUUAUUUAUGAUUGUUUUAUUGUAAUACGUGUUUGUUUUUUUGUAUCCGCAUUUUCGUUGUUUUUCUUUUUUUCUUCGUCUUCUUCAAUUCGUGACUUUUUGGGCAUUGAGGAAAAAAGGAAGAAAGGAAGGAGAUAAUGGUGCAAUGGUAGACUUAAUGAAUGAAUCUCUUAAGCAAGCACAAAGGCUAUUAAUGUGUGGUAUUGGAUUCUGUGUAAAAAAAUGGAAUCCCCGAAAAUAUUUGAGAGAUGAAAAAGAGAUUGAAAAACAUGAGAGAGAAUGUCGAAUCUCAGUAACAAGUCCGUUCAGCACAAAGCUAGUUCAUGUGUGGUAUUGGAUUCUAUGUUAAAAGUGAAAUCCCCGAAAAUAUUUGAGAGAUGAAAAAGAAAUUGAAAAAAAUGAGAGAGAAUGUCGAAUCUCAGUAACAAGACCGUUCAGCACAAAGGUAGUUCAUGUGUAGUAUUGGAUUCUAUGUAAAAAAGUGAAAUCCCCGAAAAUAUUUGAGAAAUGAAAAAGAAAUUAAAAAAAAAUGAGAGAGAAUGUCGAAUCUCAUUAAUAAGUCUUCAGCACAAAGGUAAUUAUGUGUAGUAUUGGAUUCCAUGUUAAAAGUUAAAUCCCCAAAAGUAUAUGAACGAGAUGAAAGAAAUUGAAAAGUGGAAAGAAAAAACCGAAUCUCAUUUUAAAGUUUGUGAAAUACCUUGAAAAUGAAAAAGAAGAUAUCCUAUUCAAAUACAUACUUAAAAGGAAACCCACACAUAUACAUUACAUACAUACAUACAUACAUACAUACAGAGUGUCAGAAAAAAAGUGACAAUCGUGGAGAAUACAAAAUAAUGUGAAAAAGUAGAAAAAAUGAAAGAAAAACUAAAUUAGCGAAAUAUUUGACAGAGUGGGAAUCAGUUACCGAAAAUCAAGGAAUCAAGCAAUCAACCAACAAGCAAGAAAGAGGUGAAAAUCAAAGAAAAGUUAAAUAUGAAAAAAAGAAAGAAAGAAAGAAAGGAAGAAAGGGGAAUAAAAUCAAUAUCUCUUUUUUUAUGUGUUUCAACUCGAGUGAAGGAAAAAAUAACAAAAAGAAAAACAAACAAAAGCAGAGAAGAAACAAAACGAAGAAAAACUAAACAGCAAAACAAAAGAAAAACAAAAACAAGGGUGGCUGGAAAUCAAGAAAAAUCUCUCUAAUGUUGUUCUUUUUAUGUGUAUUUCAAACUCUCCAUUCAUCUUUGUGUUUCCGAGUGCGUGAGUGAGUGACCAAGUGAAGGGAUGUGAAGGCUCAGGUAUCGUACGCAACGUUGACCAAAGGAAGGAGAUGAACAUUCGUAGUAUCAAACGUUCGAGGCUUUUGUUAAGAACGUUUUCCAAGGCCAGAGAGGAGCUACAUCGGGGAUUCUCAUAAGUGUCUGUCCUGUUUCAAGUCCUGCAAAACUAAUACCUUCUUAAAUUACUAUACUCACUAGUUUUAUUCAACGUUUCUGGCUCUUGUUGCGAACGUUUCCAAGGCUAGAGGGAGUUACGUUGGGUUAUUAUGAGUGUUUUACCUGUUCAGAGCGCGGAGGUCUUGCAAAACUACCACCUCCUUAAGCUGUAACACACACACUCGUAUUAUUUAACGUUUCUGGCUCUUCUUACGAACGUUUUACAAGGCAUAAGAGAAGCAACGUCGGGUUCUCAUGAGUGAGUGUCACGUUCAAAGCGCGGAAGUCUUGCCAAACUACCUAGGCUCAGGAAACCACCCUUGGAAACCUCGACAACUUCUACAAGAGCCUAAACACAUGUACUAAGGCUUUGAAUCUUUAAUAAUAUGGAUUUUUAUGCCCCGUUCACACCGCGGAAGUCUUGCCAUACUACCGCCAGGCUCAGGAAACCACCCAUGGGAACCCCCGACAAAUUCUUCAACGAGGGCCUCUAGAAAUUGAUGGACCAGGCCUUCGAAGGGUUUGAUAUUACGUACCAUGACGCUGUACGGUAAUUAAGGACCAGUGUACGAUAGAGAGGUAUGACGCUGUUCGAAAAGAGAGUGAAAAGAUGUACGAUGCUGCCCUCACAUCAUACUCACGGAUCAUCGUAGUAACAUUCCAAGUAUUAUAGUGAACGAGAGCGAGAGAGCGAGAGCGAGAGAGAGAGAGAGAGAGAGAGAGAGAGAGAGAGAGAGAGAGAGAGAGAGAGAGAGAGAGAGAGAGAGAGAGAGAGAGAGAGAGAGAGAGAGAGAGAGAGAGAGAGAGAGAGAGAGAGAGUGUGUGUGUGCAUUUAAAGAGCUAAUUCACUUCACUCAUAAGCUUAGAACUAAAUCUUUUGUACUAUUGAAAUACAUAGCAAGUUUUACGUAGCUGACCAUUAUAAAGAUGAUGAUGAUAAUGAUAAUGAUGAUGAUGAUGAUGAUGAAGAGCAUAUUCCACACGUAGUAUAUGCAAUCCAAUCCCAUAACCCGCAUUUAAAUCCUCUCUAAAUACGUGUUGGGCAUCAGUGCUUGUUAUGAUAAGGUGUUGGAUGCCAAGUUCGAUGAGGAUCACGAAUUUAAAACGCUUGGAAAAAUAGAGAAGAUAAGGUAUUGGAUCCUACGUUCGAUUAGGAUCACAAAUUUAAAACGCUUGGAAAAUAGAGAAGAUAAGGUGUUGUAUCCCAAGUUGAAUUAGGAUCACGAAUUUAAAACGCUUGGGAAAAUAGAGAAGAUAAGGUGUUCGAUCCCAAGUUGAAUGAGAUCACGAUUUUGAAUACGACUAAAAAUAUAAAUGAAAUGUAAAUAUAAAUGAAAUGAUAAUCAGAAAACCCCGAAUCUAUCAUAUACGAAGUUGAAUUAGGAUCACGAAUUUAAAAAGCCUGGAAAAAUAGGGAAGAUAAGGUGUUCGAUCCCAAGUUGAAUGAGAUCACGACUUUGAAUACAACUAAGAAUAUAAAUGAAAUGAAAGUAUAGAGGAAAUGAUUAUCAGAAAACACAAAAUCUAUCAUAUGCCAAGUUGAAUUCAAUCACGACUUUGAAUACGACUAAAAAAUAAUAAAUGAAAUGAAUAUACGAAUAAAAAAAUAUAAACGAAAUGAAAAGUGCAAAUCCCAAACGUGUAAUCUGUGAAAAUAAUAUCAAUUCAUCUAUAAAAAGAGAGAUAGAGAGAGGAAAAGAGAGAAAGUGAGAGAGAGGAUACAUUGUUUUAAGAGAAAGAAAAUAAGAAAGAGAGAAAGAAUAGCCCGAGAUCUUGUAUUUUCAUUUAUUUUGUCUUUAUUUAUUUAUGUAUUUAUUAUCAUUAUUAUUAUUUCUAUUAUUAUUAUUAUCAUUAUUAUUAUCAUUAUUUUCUUCCGUGGCCGAGUGGUAAUGUGGAAAAAACAACAAAAAAGAAGGAAAAGAAGAAUAUUACCACCAAGAGUCAUGAUCUGAGGAGGAGGAGGAGGAGGAGGAAGAGGAAGAGGAGGAAGAGGAGGAGGAGGGGGGAGGAGGAGGAGUGAAUGAGUGCGUGUGUGUGUUUGUGUGUGCGUGUGAGUGUUCAGGCUAACACACACACACACACACACACACACACACACACACACACACACACACACACACAGGCGGGAAAGAACAGUCAUCCAGUCAGUCAGUCAGUCAACCAGCCAGUCAGUCAGUCAGGCCCGCCAAGGCACCCAGCUAGUCAGUCAGCCAGCCAGUCAGUCAGUCAACACAUCCACUCAUCCAGUCAGCAAGUUAACUAGUCAUUCAGCCAGUCAGUGAGUGAGCCAGUUACUCUCUAUGCAUUCAUCCAUCUAGUCAGUCAGUCAGUCAACCAGUCAACUGAAAACCUCAACCAUUCAUCCAGUCACCCAGUCAGUCAGUUAUAAGUCAGUCAACCAAACACACACACACACACACACACACACACACACACACACACACACACACACACACACACACACACACACACACACACACACACACACACACACAGUUACCCAGUCAGUCAGUCAAUCAGUCAGCCAAUCAGUCAAUCAGUUACACGUCACCUUGUCAGUUAGUCAGCCAGUUAAGUCACCUAGUAAGUUAGUCAGUCUCCCAGUCAGUCAUUUUCAAGUUAAACAGUCAUCCAGUCAGUCAGUCAGUCAGUCAGUCAGCACCCCUUCCUACCCACAUCACACUCACACCCACACACCCACACACACACACACAACCCCCCUAAAAGACCAUCUCCUCCUCCUCCUCCUCCUCCUCUUCUCCUCCAAGCUGUUCCGUUGGGUGUAGUGUAAGUUCCCCGCCCCCCAGCUUCCCCCAGCCCCCCGUGGCCAGCCGAGGCAUGGGUUGGGUGCCCUGGGAGUGCCUGGGGAGCCACUGGUGCCACACACGUAUGCCAAAGACACGCCUCUAGUCCCGAAUCCACAAACACCGUAUUGAAUUGGACACAGUGAUUGCUAUUUUUAAAGGGGUGUUCGCCAGUCUGUACGCGGUUUUCCAGUGCCCCCGUCGGCCAUUCUGUACGCACGUUUCAAGGCGUUACUAAUGUUAGGGAGCAAGAGAAGGUAUUUGUGGGAAUUUGGUUCAGUUUGGGAUGCGAAAAAAAGUGGAGUUGAAUUGAAAGUUAAUUUGUGUAUGUUCAUUAGUGUUAUUAUUAUUACUAUUAUUAUUAUUAUUAUUAUUAUUAUUAUUAUUAUUAUUAUUAUUAUUAUUAUUGGCGUUGUUGUUGCUAUGGCUAUUAUUAAUCUUUAUUCUGUUAUUUUUCUUCUCUUUAUUUUUCUACUUUAGGCAAAUAUGAACCUUUAUUCUUUGUCUUUAUUAUUUUUAUUUUUAAUUUCUUUCAUCUUUAUUUCUACUUUAAGGCAGUUACGAACCUUUAUAUUAUGGCUUCCUUUCUUUUCUUAAUUUUUAUCUUCGUGAGCCAAUUUUCAAGGAUAGUUUUUCAUCCCCAACGCGCGUACUGAUUGGAGAGCGGCGUACGAUAAUUCUGGGUUCUUUUUCUCUUUAUUUAUCCACGUACGGUAAUUUUCAAGGAUAGUUUUUCAUCUCCAACGUGCGUACUGAUUGGAGAGCCACAUACGAUAAUUCUGGGUUCUUUUUCUCUAUUUAUCCACGUACGGUAAUUUUCAAGGGUAUUUUUUCAUCCCCAACGUGCGUACUGAUUGGAGAGCCACGUACGAUAAUUCUGGGUUCUUUUUCUCUAUUUAUCCACGUACGGUAAUUUUCAAGGGUAGUUUCUCAUCCCUAACGUGCGUACUGAUUGGAAGGCCGCGUACAAACUGGCGAACACCCUUAACAAAACACCGUAAAGUAACACCGUAAAAAAAUACAUAACCGUAAGUCUCACAAAAAAACAAAACCAACUCACUGACGAUGACGAUGAUGACGCUGAUGAUGACGCUGAUGAUGCUGAUGAUGAUUUUAUGGAUUAUCAUUACAUAUACAGUGUAUAUGUUUACUGUUAUUAAUGCUAGAUCUAUAUUCCAAAUAAUAUAAUUUUAAUGUCAUAAAUAAAUAAAAAUUGAUGAUUACGAUGAUCUUGAGCCGUGUAGCAAUAUUUGUCUCGUGUGGGAGCGACGCUGUGUGUGUGUGUGUGUGUGUGUGUGUGUGUGUGUGUGUGUGUGUGUGUGUGUGUGUGUGUGUGUGUGUGUCCCUCCCCCAGUUCUCGACAUGAAGGGGGCAUUUCCAGGGGGGCAGCGCUCCACCUGGCCAUCUCAGAGUGCGUGCGUGCGUGCGUGCGUGUGUGUGUGUGUGUGCGCGUGUGGUGUGUGUGUGUAUGUGUGCGAGUGUGUGUGUACGUGUGUGUGUAUGUGUGCGUGCGUGGCGGCAAGUCGCUUCACCCUAUUCCGUUUAAGUAUUUUUCCAUAAGAACAAAAAAAUGAAAUACCGGUGUACUUUUCCAGACUAAAUAGGUUACCGAUGUAUAUAGUCAUGUAGAUACAGAGCGAACACUUAACCCUGAAUAGCUAGGUAGCGUAUGUGCAGGUACCCUUCCCCUAUCCCUAACCUGACGUCGAACCUCCCUAUCCUCAACCCUGCUCUACCCUUUACCCCUCUGCAAGCCUUCCCCUUUCUCUUUCUUCAUCCCUAACCUUACCUCAAUCCCUGCCUCCUUUCCCUUUACCCCUCUGCAAGCCUUCCCCUUUCUCUUUCUUCAUCCGUAACCUUACCUCAAUCCCUGCCUCCUUUCCCUUUACCCCUCUUCAAGCCUAUCCCUUUCUCUUUCUUCAUCCCUAACCUUACCUCAAUCCCUGCCUCCUUACCCUUUACCCCUCUUCAAGCCUAUCCCUUUCUCUCUCUUCAUCCCUUACCUACCUCGGACCUCUAUUACCUCAAUUCCUACCUCCCUCCCCUUUACCCCUCUUCAAGCAUUCCCCUGCCUCAAUCUUCAUACCUUACCGUACCCUCCCUUCCUCCCUUUCCCUUCCCUUUUAUAUCCCUUCUCCCUCCCUUAACCAAUGCCACAGCUCUGUGAAUCUCCCUUUAAUAUGUUCUAUCCUACACUUGAUCUUCUUUUCUACUCUUCCUCCUCCUCCUUUUCCUCCUCCUCCUCCAGUUUUCUCUCGUUUUCCUCUUCCUAUUCUUUUUCCUUCUCCUCCUCCUUCGUUUCCUCCCUUCCCAUAGUCGCUUUUUUUUCCUCUUUCUUCUCCUACUCUGCUGCUUCCUUGCCUGUCUUUUUCAUCCCUCCUCCUCCUCCUCCUCCUCCUCCUCCUCCUCCUCUUCUUCUUCCCCCCCUCCCCAGUUCACCUCAAGGGGAGUUAGUCGCCCCCAGUGUGUCAAAUGGGGAAGGUGGGACUGAACACACACACACACACACACACACACACACACACACACACACACACACACACAUGGAGUCAAACGUGGUAUUUAAGAAUAUGGAAAACACACACACACGCACACGCACAAACAAACAAACAAACAAACAAAAAAGAUGAAAAUAAAGCCAAAAAAACUGCCACCGUGAGAGAGAGAGAGAGAGAGAGAGAGAGAGAGAGAGAGAGAGAGAGAGAGAGAGAGAGAGAGAGAGAGAGAGAGAGAGAAUGAUAGUGGCAGGCUUAAGGGAACACGAUAACACACACACACACACACACACACACACACACACACACACACACGCACACACACGCCCUGUAGAAGCAACACGCACACGCCCACGCCCAACACUGCCAUCGCCACGCCCUCACAGCCACGGGAACACUGGAUGUCACAAACCCGGCUAACCAACACACGAACACACUAACACACUCGGAAAUAUAGUCACUUUCCCGAAAAAACAAAAAAAUGGAAAAAAUAACACGAAUCUACAGAAAUAUAUAACAUAUCUACAGAAAAAAAACCAUAAAACUACAGAAAUAAAUAACACAGAUCAAUAGAAAAACAUAAAUCUACAGAAAUAAAUAACAGAGAUCUACAGAAAAACAUUAAUCUACAGAAAUGAAUAACAGAGAUCUACAGAAAAACAUUAAUCUACAGAAAUGAAUAACAGA